AUGAUUCAUGUCUCGAAAAUGUCAGGGGAAGAGUUUGCUACGAUUGGGACGGAGGAGGUUGCGGACGUUCGGAGACUAAAGCGGCUGUUGCGCAACAGGUACAGCAUACCCCUCUCCCUGCAACAGCUUUUGCACAAUGGACGCAGUUUGGAGGAUGACAACGUGCUGAAUGCGCCCAUCGACCUCCAGCUCGUCCUGCUGCCCGUUUCCACUGAUUUUCAGCGGUUUGAGUCCAGCGAUGAGCUUGUUGAAGCCUGCAAGCAUGGCCUCAUCGAGGUUGCAAGGAUGCUGGUGGAUGCAGGUGCUGACAAGGACCACCUUGACGACUAUGGCCGCAACGCUCUCUGUUGCGCAGCACUUUGUGGCCAUGUGGAGGUUGCGCGGUUGUUGCUGGAAGCUGGUGCCGAUCUAAGUCGACAGCUCUAUGAUAAUGCUGCAAGCUAG